CCCUAAGGUUACCGGAAGUUGUUUCAGCUGCCAUGUUUGGUUGCUUUGUUGUAGGCUUCCACUAGGUUUCCUCCAGAAUUACUAAGUGUGGAAAUGGAGCCGAGCUGGAGUACGUUUCUUUUCCAACAGGCCAAUGAAGCCCUCCACCACCAGCACCAGGUGGCGCAGAACAGCCUACUGCCUCUUCUCAACGCAGGGACCGAACCAAUCGACCAAAAGCCUAUUCUGCCCAUCCAAAUAGAACCGAAAGCCCCCUCCAAUGCUGCAGAUCUCCUUAAAGACAACAUGGCCAGUGGAGGCAGUGCACGGCCAUUGCUUGGAAUAAAGAAGGAGCACAAAGGCAAAACGCCCUUCGUUUGUGGCUACUGCAACAAGGCCUUCCGCGACAGCUACCACCUUCGACGCCAUGAGUCCAGCCACACAGGUAUCAAAAUGGUGUCGCGGCCAAAGAAGACCGCCCAGACGGCCCCCACCAUGGUCCCAAUGAUCUCGACGAUGACGCGAGAAAACAACGGGAACGCUUCCUACAUCUCGACAGCGGCGGGCAUCCUCUCCACAGCAACCACGUCGGUUUCUUCGGGCGCAAGCGUCAUGACAUCGUCCGCAAUGGGCAACAUACAACAGCACACUGUCCCUAAGAAACCUGCCAAACCUGUCAAGAAAAACCACGGGUGUGAGAUGUGUGGCAAGGCCUUCCGCGAUGUUUACCACCUGAAUCGCCACAAGCUCUCCCAUUCUGACGAAAAGCCCUUCGAGUGCCCCAUCUGCCAUCAGCGCUUCAAAAGGAAGGACCGGAUGACCUACCACGUUCGCUCUCAUGAUGGUGGCGUUCAUAAGCCCUACGUGUGCUCCGUCUGUGGGAAAGGUUUUUCAAGACCAGACCACUUGAGUUGCCAUGUGAAGCAUGUUCAUUCUUCCGAACGACCGUUCAAAUGUCAAGUGACAGCGUGUACCUCUGCUUUUGCCACCAAAGACCGGCUGCGUUCUCACAUGAUCAGACAUGAGGGCAAGGUGACUUGCAGCAUCUGCGGGAAGAUGCUGAGUGCCGCCUACAUCACCAGCCAUCUGAAGACUCACGGACAAAGCAACUUCAACGCUUGCAACAAAGACGGCAGCGAGGUCUGCAACUCGGCCUCCGCGACCCCCGUGAGUGUUUCAGCUCCCAUCACCACAGCGUUGAACCGCGGCAACUCAAACAAUAACAACGCCGUCACCAUAGCGGCGCAAAUGAACAUUAGCACCAACACAGUCAACAUCACGUCACCGGUCAGCCUCCAGCACCCGGUCACCAUCACUGGGCCCGUCAACAUCGCCUCUGUCAACAUCCCCGCCACCGCGCCCAUGAAUAUCGCCCACCCGGUGGCGAUAACCACGCCCAUGCCAAUGAAUAUUGCCGGGCCACUCAACAUUGCCAUGAGGCCGGUGGAUAGCAUGCCUUUCCUGUCCCAAGUCUUGCCGUCUUCUCCACCUUGGUAAAAAUCAAAAGAAAGGGAAGAUGAGACUCCUCACCAUUUGCUCCUCAGGCCCAUCUUAUUUUUGUGUUCCCCAUCAAGUGGAUGUGGAUGCUGUAUUUCCAUGAGUUUUGCAGCCAGGGGACGCUCUCCAAGCCACUGGAGAAGACUUGAGUAGAACCCAAGUAGGACUGACGUUGACAUGAGGACGCAUGUAGGACGUAGCGUAGUCGGUUGGAGUGAUGAAACUGUGAUUUGUACCACGACAGGCCAGACAAGACGACUGAUGUUUAUGUUGAUGCGGGAGAGGAGGAUCUUGCUUGUUGUGUAACGCUAGCCUGCUAAUCCAUAUUUCACGUAGGAAUAGUAAAAGGGACCAUUCCCUUGUCAGAUAGUAGUUACUACACUCUUGAGGUACAGCUUACUUGUACUUUUGACAUAGUAAUGUAUUUUCAUGUUUUUUUACCUCCAAAAGUCUCCAGUUGAUUCUGAAAUGUUUCUAUUUUUAUAUUGCUUGUUUAUUUUUUUGAAUGCUAGGUUUUAUCAUUUUUCCCCCCAACGUAGUCCGAGUGGAUGGACUACUGCACUGAGCACAUGUUCUACACAGGAGCAGUAUUACUUACAGUAGUAUGCCUACUUACGCUAUGGGGCCACCUAGUGGCUAUCUGGGGAAACUUUUUGUCAUCCGCUGUCUGUGCAUCUGUUUGUUUGUUUUUUUUAUCCUUUAUCUCCUUUUGCCCCAAAAAGACUCACUCAGGAAACACGUAUCUUUGAAGGAAUGUGUGCUGCACGUCUUCAUUCUGGGAUUCUUUUUCUUACCUUUGGAAAAUCAUUUGGCACCCAAGGAAUUUCAUGUCACAACAAAAAUCUGGCUUCCACUCUCUGUAGACUUCCACGUCAAAUCUUUUUUUUUUUUUUUUUUAUUCAUUUGAGUUGCAGAAGUACAGAACCCCUAAGGGGACAUGAUGUGGUGGGGGGGAUGUUGCCAGAUCCCGAGACACUAUUGCGAGAUCACGAGAAAGUUUUGCAAAAGCUUUCCUGUGAAACUCUGCCAGAUCCCGAGAAAGUUAUGCAAGAUCUCUGGAAACUUUUGCGAGAUCCUGAGAAACUUGUGCCAACAUUUUUUCUGAGAAACCUUUGCAAGAUUUACAAGAAACUUUUGUGAGAUCCCAAGAAAUUUUUGCAAAAAGUUUUCAGAGAACCCUUUUGCGAGAUUCUGAAAAAGUUUUGUGAGAUCCUGAGACACUUUUGCAGAGGAACUUUUGCAAAAUCCAGAGACAUUUUGCAAAAAAUUUCUGGAUAAACUUUUGCAAGAGCUUGAGAAACUUGCCAGAUCCCAAGAAAGUUUUGUGAGAACCUGAGAAACUUCUGCAAAAGGUUUCCAGAGAAAGUUUUGCCAGAUGUCUGGAAACUUUUGUGAGAUCCUGAGAAACUUUUGCGAGAUUUUGUGAAAGUUUUGCGACAUUUCGAGAUGCUUUUCAAAGAAACUUCUCCAAGAGCCCGAGUAAGUUGAUGGAUUUCUGGAAACUUUUGUGAGAUCCUGAGAAAUUUGUGCAAAAAGUUUUCCGAGAAUCUUUUGUGAGAUUCUGAAAAGGUUUUGCGAGAUCCAGAGAAGCUUUCCCGAGAAACCUUUUUUGGAGGAACUUUUGCAAAAUCCCGAGACACUUUUGCAAAAACUUUGCGGAGAAACUUUUGCGAGAUCCUGAGAAAUAGCUUUUGUUUACUUGUGGUAUUUCCUGUGUUUUUUUCUCCUAAAGGAGAACUUUGAUAGAAUUUUAUUUUGAGAUUGACCUUGACCUCAAAUAUAAAAGCUAAAAUGUGUUGUUAAUCGUAAACACGACUUUUAUGCACGUGGUAAACGUUUGAAGAGGACUUUACGAUGCUGAAGUUAUUCCCAUCGCUCAGCGUCUGAUUGCAUUUCAAAGUUGAUGUGCAGUGCGACUGCGGCAUUGGACCCGGUCCAGUAGGAAAAGCACCUGGACUUCUCAAAUGUGGACUUGAUUAUCCUCGAGAGGCUAAACAUUGCAUGUGAGACCUCCAGUAGCACUCCGUACUGCACAGCUCCUAAGGUGCUGGAAGGUGGAAACAAACUCAGGAUCUCACAAAACUUUCUCAAGAUUAGUUUUUUUUUUCCUCGAAUCUUUUUUUUUUUCCAUGUCCCUUCUGGGGUGCCGUACAGAGGUGAGUGGCUUAUGUCGACUUUUUUUUUUCCAAUGAUUGUUUCCUCUAGUGAUAUUGAUGGCACUGGAAUAUGAAGAGCAGAAGAGGUGCAGUCUAGUGGAGCCCCCAUAUUUCACAUUUAUAGUCACUCAGCAGCUCAACGUGAUUGAAACCAAGCUGAGUGAUUUUUAAACAGCGUAUCGUUGAAAGUUAUUGGCAGACGUUAGACCAACAAGAGUUUGGUUGACUUCCAUCAGGGACACGAAUAAUAAUAAUAAUAAUAAUAAUAGUUUUAAAGCAUAACCGUCCAUGAGAUGAGCAUUUGCUGUACAAUAGCAUAUCUACUGUACGUUUGAUAUUUUUUUAAAAGAAAAAUGGGUCUCAGUCAGCGAAGAGACUGAGAUUGCAUGACCCCAAACACUAAUCUGUUUUUUUAAACAAUGCCUUGUUGUCUCGACAGUGUUGCAACACAUAUGCAUGACUGUCAUUGUUAGAUUUUUUUUUUUUUUUUUUUUUACAAAAUAGUGUAUUUUUUCUUAUUGUAUGACGUAGAUACACUAUAAAUAGCUUUGUUGCCAAAUUUGAUCAAUAAUGUGAUGAUUUCCUAUUGAAUUGAACACUCUUUAUUUUUGAAAACAAAUAAGAAUUGGAAAUUCCACCACCCUUGUGAAAGCAGUUGAAUGUAUAUCUUUGUACAAAGCUAUUUUAGCUCUGACGAUAUGGUAGUGAAGAUACAGUAGAUAGAAAGAUAACACUUUUUUUAAUUAAAAAAAACAAUUUUUGUAUUAGAACAUUAACAUUGGUAAUUUUGUAUAUACAAGAAAACUGGUUAGCAGAACGCUGAAACAUUCCUGCAUUUUUAAAAAAUGUAUGUUAUGUCAAAUGAUUACAUGAACAUGCGCAAUGUUAUGUGCCUUUUAUUUGGGUUGUCUAAAUAAAAGAAAAGCAUCAUGAGUGUAUUCAUCACCA